AAAUACGAGUAUGCGGUGAAUUGUCAAGAUAUCGCAUUCAAGAUGGCGGAGUUUGAUCUUACCACGCGGAUGGGCCAAUAUUUGGACCGGCAUCUGGUUUUCCCGUUGUUGGAAUUUCUGUCUGUUAAAGAGCUGUAUGAUGAGAAGGAGAUGCUGAAAGGCAAGCUAGACUUGCUGAGCAAUACAAACAUGGUGGACUUUGCUAUGGACGUCCACAAAACAUUAUACCCUGACCAGGAAGUACCAGGAGGAUUUAUCCAAAAAAGAACCAAUGUUGUUGGUCAGCUGAAAUCACUGCAGGCGGAAACAGACAUGAUCACCAAGAUAUUUGAAGACUUGGAGGUGAUGCGGCAAAUGCAGAGCUCUCGGGAUGGAAGACAGCUGUCAGAUUACUUGUUCAAAGAGCAUGGUUUCAAGGCUGAGAUGGUGGACACUUUGUACAACUAUGCCAAGUUCCAGUACGAGUGCGGCAACUACUCGGCAGCUGCAGAGUUCCUCUACUUUGUCCGCAUCCUGCUUCCCCCUAACGACCGUAACUACCUGAAUGCUCUGUGGGGCAAGCUGGCCUCUGAAAUCCUCAUGCAGAACUGGGAGACUGCCCUGGAGGAUCUGAACAGGCUCAAGGAAGUCAUUGAGGCAAAUACCUUUGGCAGUGCCCUGCUGUCCCUCCAACAGCGUACUUGGCUCAUUCAUUGGAGUCUCUUCGUGUUCUUCAACCACCCGAAAGGUCGCGACCUGAUCAUCGACAUGUUCUUGUACUCCCAGCUGUAUCUGAAUGCGAUCCAGACCAUGUGUCCACAUAUACUACGAUAUCUCACGACUGCUGUCAUCACUAAUAAGUCACGUAGACGCGCUGUUCUGAAAGACCUUGUCAAAGUUAUUCAACAGGAGUCUUACACAUACAAGGACCCUAUCACAGAGUUUGUGGAGUGCCUCUAUGUGCACUUUGAUUUUGAUGGAGCCCAGAAAAAACUCAGAGAAUGUGAAUCGGUUCUCGUGAAUGACUUCUUCCUGGUUGCCUGCUUGGAUGACUUCAUUGAGAAUGCCCGCCUCCUGAUCUUCGAGACAUUCUGCAGAAUUCAUGAAUGCAUCAGCAUAACUAUGUUAGCUGAGAAGUUGAACAUGACUUCUGAAGAUGCUGAAAGAUGGAUUGUGAACCUGAUCAGAAAUGCAAGACUGGAUGCAAAAAUAGACUCAAAAUUGGGUCACGUGGUCAUGGGAACACAGGCUGUGUCACCAUACCAACAGGUGAUAGAGAAGACCAAAAACCUGGCCUUCCGGUCUCAGGUGCUUGCCAUGAACAUAGAGAAGAAACUCAACGCAAAAUCUAACGAGGUUCCACAGUGGGGUGCCCAGGAGUAGUUACCACGGCAACCAGCAUUGCUAGGAUCAGCCCUCUUGUCUAGCGUUACGCAGAUUUAGCAGAUUAAGUGCAUUGAAUGGAACACUGUGGCUGUAACCAUAAUAAGUGUUGUUACAAGCUUUUCUUGACUUUUAAAGUGUUUGACUUAAUUAUAAAUUUGGAACUUAAUUAUUUAUUUCUAGAAACAGGCUUUGUUCAUCAGCGCCAAAUAAUCGGUAUUGUAACAAAUUUUAAAUAUAGAAGAAAACAAAA